AUGCGCGUGGAACGGGUUAAUGGAAUUUGUGGCCCUAGGGGCGCACUCUCAUCUAUAGACUUCCAACCACACUCAGAACACAGAGAAACACAUAGGUUGGCCACCUCUGGCGGACCUACGAUCAAAAUUUGGUCAUUAGAGUGGCCAUGUCCACAAUCGGCCGCCAAUGGGGGCCCUAAUAACGUAAAAUGGCAAUGCUUAUAUACCAACUCAUCGCACUCUCCCUAUGAUGUUGUCUUAGUUAGGUUUUCCUUUGAUGGAAGGCUACUCUUGAGCGUUAACUCUAGGGGAACCGUUAUCAUACUUAAAAUGAAAACCCCCCGGGUUAUAAACGUAUCUGCAAAUAACUGCACGUCUAACAAGCUGGAAUUACCAGCUAAUGUCGCUAUCAGCGCCUGUACAACUGCAGCCGGUGAGGACUGGCUCGCCAUGGAUGAGUUGGUGUGGCCCAGCGAAAUUGGGCAGGUUGCCGAUGCUUGCUGGGCGCCGGAUAACAGAUCCGUCGCUGGAGGUGGUUCUAGCGGGGUAGCAGUACUGGACAUCUACACCAGGCAGGUGGUAGCCAUGUUUGGCGUGCCUGGGACCGGCGGCUGUGUGGUUGAAAGCGUCAAGUCGCUGAGCUGGGACCCCAUGACAAUUUUCAUCGCAAUAACCUGCACCACAAGUUUUUCCAUGUGGAGACGCGCAAAAAAUGAUUCAUCAAAUAGCUACCACAAGUGGACUUUCACACUUGAAAAGUACGUGCCAACCCAUUCGUUGUCUCAGCUCAUAUCCUAUAGACCUUCUUGGUGUCCAAGGGGACGGCUGGUAUCAGUGCCUCUGGAGUCAGAUUUAGAUGCGAAAAAUGCAGUUAAAAACGAUGCGCCCACGAUGGGGUGUAAUGUGUACAUGAUUGAUAAGCCAGAAAAUGGAUCCAGCGUCACGAAUUCACCCAUGCGACUUUUGGGGCAUGUUAACAAAGUUACCAAUGUCAGAUUUUCAUCCGACAUUUUAAAAUUCGACGAAUACCUUGGGGGUGCAAAAGUGGCGCUCUUCGCUCAGACGAGCGAAGACGGCGUACUAUCUGUAUGGACUUUGGGCUUCGAUGGCAACAAUUCCAAAUGCUUGGUGGCCGUGUCUAGUUUAUUGGACGAACAAGUGGCAGUGAGCGAUCUGGCCUGGGGGAAUCGUGGCAGUUGGCUUGCAAUAGCACAGACAUGUGGCGGUAUAAUUCUCCUAGACUUCAAACACUCUGACAUUAACGCCACAUUUUACACAAAUUGGAUGAGGGGGAGAAGGGUACCUGAUACGUCGCCGCCGCAAAUUGAGGCCGAUCCCAAUUCUCCAUGCACGGUUAACUCCACUGCCAACACUUCUGCCGAUCAAAAUAUUGAUGGUUAUACCGUCAUUAGCAAGGGGUUUGUAGGCCUAGGCGAUUAUUGUGGAAAUAGGAUUUUUGAAAAACAUUCAAAAAUCCAAACCCCGCUCCAGGCACAGAGAAUGGUACAAUUUGAGUCUACUCGCCCUGUGUACUAUGAAGUUAUUACGUGUUUGUUGGCCUUACCUAGCAAUUCUGGGGUUUCUGACGAUGAGAUGACUUGGCUCGAUAUGGAUUCAACGCAACUCACAACUUCGUUGGUGUCAGCUCAAAUAGAUUCGGUAGAAAAUAUCACAAAGGCGCCCCUAACCACCCCGAGUUUAGCUCCUACAUUAAUGGCACCAGCUCCAAUUGUACAGGACAAGCGAGGGAAAAGAGGCAAGGUCCCGGGGAAACCUAAUAUAACACCUUCUACAACUCUGCCAGUGCACACUUUAAUUUCACCCACUCGCAUUGCGAUGGCAAGCUGCGGUGUAGUCACUUUAAUGAACGCAGAGGGCAAUCUAUGGAAACCAGUAUUUACCAUAAAUGUGGGCAGGGAAGUGCUGGUCCUAUCGAACGAUAAUGGUUACCUUGCUAUCAUCACCAAGGCUAACGAUGUACCUUCUGUCACUGUAGUCAUAGAAUCUACUGGACAAGUUGUUAUGGCAACGAAUCUAUUGGGCGAAUCACUCACUAGGGAUUCAGUUGUUCGCACCAAAAUUACCGCCACUUCACUUGUCAUUGCAAUUUUUAAUAGGGGCAAAUCCUUCACUAUCAACCAUCUGAGCAACGGGAUAUUCACUCGUGUUAUAGAAAUGGGGAAUCAACAGAAGGAAUUCCUCCACAAAGUAACUGGAUUUGCAAUUUUGGACACAACUGCCAAUAUUAAUUACCAACAAAGAGGCUCGUUGCACAAUAAUGACAGUUUUAUCGAGAUUGAUCUACUGGUAUGUAUAUUUAAAACCAGUGACGGGCACGUGCAUCUGUGCCCCGCAGUGGGCAAAUCAAUCGGCAGGGCACUGCCUCUGGAUGUGGGUAAAGUUGAAACGCCCCCUGCAAACGGACCAGAUGCACUGAAGGAAUGUUUUAAGAUUUGCAGUGAUAGAUCUACACGUCCUUCUUUGAUGGCGGUGGCAUCUUGUCUCCUUGGAAACACCACCGAAUUUACUUACUGGUACUCAUCCUUACUAUCGCAACUUAUCAAGGAACAACGCAUUGACCUCUUGUUUCGCGCUAUUGAGACCCUGUUCAAAUCUAAAAUUUUACCUUUAGAGACUAGCGAAACGCUAGUUAUCGAUGACAAAAUUGACAAUCCAUUAUACAGGCGAUUUCUGAAGCAGCUUCCGCUAAACCUGGAUAAGAUUGCGGAUGGGCUGAUCUAUCCCAUAUUGAGGGGGGAAUUCAAGGGGCUGCCUGGGCCAAUCCCCGGGGCCCAUGAUCUACUAGCCAACAUUCCCAUGUGGAUACGCGAGAUCCAACUAUCGCAGCACGACUCCUGCCCAAACAUCUCUAACUAG